AUGAUGCUCCUCAAUGGGCUAGCUCUCGCUGGCCUCGCCGGCCUGGCUUCCAGCGCUGCAACACACGAACAGGCCGAAGUCUACAUCCUCAGCUCGAAGCACGCCGCCUCUUCAUCAUCAUCAUCUCUAGCAACACCCAGCCUGCCCCGACAGCUGGCCCGCGAUAUUCUGUUCCAACGAGUCACCGGAGAUCUGCAACUCAAGGACCUCUCCAGCACCAUCGUCGGCGACAGGGUUCUCUCAUAUUUCGACCAGUACGGCAGGAGCCCGAGGCCUCUGUUCGGUGGAUCCUCCGAGGAUGUCUCCCCAUCACAGCUGGUUGUGCUGCUCGAGGGCGUCACAGAGGACAAUGCAAGGACGCUGAGAGAAGGACUUCAGAAAGAGGAUUACGCGCCCGCAUUCAAGAUCGAGGACGCGCCGUCAACCAAGGCCAACAAGCACCUUGUUGAUGUCGAGUUCGCUGCCGGUGGCGUUUCUGGAUCAUGCGAUGUUGCAGCUGCCAUCAACCCCUACGACAGCUGCUGGAAGGGCAUGUCCCUGGUCGUCAAGUACGACGCCGCGAAGGACCCCGAAGCUCUUCAGGCUCUCGUCGACAGCAUCCCCGCUCUGUCCAAGUCCGUCUUCUCCAACAACCUUGAAGCGACCCUGAUCCUUCUCCCCGAAUCGUCUCGCGCCUCCAAGCACUCGUACUGGACCACCGACGCCCCCACCGACCUCCGCCGCCGCUUCUCGGAUGAGUCCCCGAUGAGCGACGCCAAGGUCGAAAAGGUCACUGUCUCCCCCGGCAGUGGCGGCGUCGAUCUCGGCAUCACCCCGGGUGCUGCCGCCAAGGGUGACAAGAUGAACCUGGGCUGCUUCACCAGCCAGAACUCGUGCGUCACCGCGACCAGCAACUGCACCGGCCACGGCACAUGCGUGGAUAAGUACGCCGUGCCGGGGCAGGAGACGCGCGAAGGCGACAAGCAGUGCUUCGUGUGCAGCUGCCUCAGCACCAAGAAGUUCCCCGACAAGGAGAACAGCAAGCACGUGCACUGGGGAGGGGCCUACUGCCAGAAGAUCGACGUCAGCUCGCCGUUCUGGUUGAUCGCCACUACCACGGUGGUUCUCGUGGGUCUGGUGACCGGGUGUAUCGCCAUGCUCUUCAGCAUUGGCGAGGAGAAGCUCCCUGGUGUGAUUGGUGCCGGUGUUUCUAGGUCCAAGUAA